GCUGCCCUUCACACCCUCCAGCGCGCUGCUCCCUCCCCUUCUCUACUCCUCAGCAGUCUCAGACCUGAUAGCGCACCAUCAGCGACCUGAUCUCGCCACUUCAGCGUCUCUACCCGGGACAUGUCUGAUUUCAGGAUGGUCUGCGGAUGAAGGAUUAGUGGACCAGCUCCAGCGCACUUCUCAGUCAUCACCUCUUCUCCUUUUCUGUUCUGCUGAAGGCGAGCGUGUGAACGAAUGAGCACACCAAUCCGGAGUUAGUAAUAUGAACUUUCUGCCAAGUGGAAUAUGUUUAUAUCUGUCUGUGGCAACCUGCUGGUUCACAUCAAGGGUCGACUCAUCCUGGUGGUACAUGGGCACGCUGGGCUCGCAGGUGAUGUGCGACAACAUCCCGGGGCUGGUGAGUAAACAGCGGCAGAUGUGCAGGCAGCAUCCCGGGGUCAUGCAGGCGAUCAGCGGCGGAGUGAACGAGUGGAUCAGCGAGUGCCAGCACCAGUUCCGCCAUCACCGCUGGAACUGCAACACUGUGGCCAGAGACCAUAGUGUGUUCGGCAAACUCCUGCACCGCAGCAGUCGUGAGGCUGCCUUUGUGUACGCCAUCUCCUCAGCAGGCAUGGUCCACACGCUGACCAGAGCCUGUAGUCAGGGCGAGCUGGACUCUUGCUCCUGCGACCCGGGAAAAAAGGGCUCAUCACAUGAUCCCAAUGGACCCUUUGAUUGGGGCGGCUGUAGUGACCAUGUGGACCACGCCAUCAAGUUCACCCAGGCAUUUGUUGAUGCCAAGGAGAAGAAGGAGAGGGAUGCACGAGCACUCAUGAACCUGCACAACAAUCGUGCAGGAAGGAGGGCAGUGAAACGUUUCAUGACUCUGGAAUGUAAAUGCCAUGGUGUGAGUGGGUCCUGCAACAUUCGGACAUGCUGGCUGGCCAUGGGCGACUUCAGACAGACGGGUGAUUACCUGCGCAAGAAGUACAACAGCGCUACCCAGGUGGUGAUGAACCGCUAUGGGACAGGCUUCACCAUGGCCCACAGGAAGUUCAGGAAGCCCACAAAGAAUGAUCUGGUCUACUUUGAGGACUCACCUGACUACUGCAUAUGGGAUCAUGAAUCUGGGUCAGUGGGCACGGGCGGGCGUGUGUGCAACCGGACUUCACACGGGGCCGACAGCUGUGAGGUCAUGUGCUGUGGGCGGGGCUAUGAUACUUCCCGAGUGAGCCGCACCACUAAGUGCGAGUGCAAGUUCCACUGGUGCUGCGCUGUCCACUGCAGAGACUGUCACGAAGAGGUGGACGUCCACACAUGCAAAGCCCAAUCAUGACCACUGUCAACCACAGUCAUGAGAGACAUAUGCUGGUAUUCACAAAGCAUCUCUUUGUAGCACGGGACUGAUCCAGGAUCAGGUUUUGUGACUAGCGUUAUUGUUCAUAAGGGCUAUCCCAGUGCAGGUGAGGAACUGCACCCUAAUUCAGCACACAUACUAUUAUACUUUAUAAAUCUUAGCCAUAUCAGUUAAGGCUUUGGGGUCUGAUAUUAGAACCAAUCAUUAGAAACUAGGACGAAAUAAAGGAGCUGAAGGCUUCAAGAUAUUGGUUAAAGUAAUAGCCGACAACACCUGACUCUAAAAGACAACAUACUUAUCUGUAUGUACACUAGGUUUAAAGUCUUAGAAAUCCUACACCUUUUUUUAAACAUCUUUUUGUUGUUCCUUUUAACGUAUUAAAUGUAUUUAUUAUGUGCUGUAUCAAGAGUGAUUAUCUUCAGCAUUAUAAAUGUUGAAAUGUAAAUACAAGCUAUGCAUUAUUUAAAAUAAAGCUUACAUGUAUAUGCAUUUCUGAUGAGUGUUUUAUUCUUAUUCUGAUCAGAUCGGAUAUUUAUCCAGAAUCCCAGUAAAAUAAGGGGUAAUUCUGAUGUUUACACAAAUCUUCCACUUAACUUAUGCCAAGACAGUUUUUGGUGUCCAAAUGUCGCUUCUUUAGGUUUGCACUGGAUCCAGUGAUGCUAACAUCCUGUAGCAAACAAGUAAUGACCACUAAUUAGCAUCAAAUCAGUUUCAUGCCAAAAUAUGAGUGAAUCAGGUGCAGGAGUGUUGUUGAGCUUUUUAAACAAGAGCACUGACCUACUGACCAUUUUAUUUGACUUGUUGGGCCAAGGUAAGUUAGAGGGUUUAGCUCAUCUUUUUCCAAAUUCAAGAUGUGUUAAUCGUCCACGCUUCACCAGUGUCAGUCUCUGAUCACAGCACAGCUGUUAGCUGGAUAUUUUUGGUUGGUGAACUGUCUGUCUAUCCAGCAGUGACACUAUGUGCUGUUGUGCCUCAUACAGUACACUCAUACUGUGCUGAGAAGGA